UCCAGCCAUCCUGGAUCCGGCCUCCGUCUCCAUCCGCUCGCUUUCAGGAACACUUCCGUCUUCUAGAUGAGAUUAUCCUUGGCCGGCAUCACCGUUACAUCCAAAUUCCAAAGCGUAGACGUAGACUGUUAGUGCUAGGCUAGCUGCUUCCGAAGUCCGAACCGAGCUCGCACGAGGCGGACGCCAGGCACAGGCACGGCCGCCGCAGCACGACGGCCGUAGGUAGUAUGGACAUGGAAACCCGCAACGGCUUGUCGCCGCCGGCGCGCAGCAACAAGACGAUGGAGCGCCUCCUGAUGGCGCUCAACUGCGUGCUGCUCGGCGUCGGCGUAACGGGCGGGCAGCUCCUCAGCCGCCUCUACUACAACAAGGGCGGCCACCGGCAAUGGCUCUCGGCGUGGCUCCAGACAGGCGGCUGGCCGCUGCUGCUGAUCCCCCUGGCGGCUUCCUACGCCGGCCGCCGCGCGCGCGACCGGUGCGCCCCGGUCCUGCUGACCCCGCCGCACGUCCUGCUGGCGGCCGCGGGGCUCGGCCUCAUGACGGGCGUCGAUAACUUCCUCUACGCCUGGGGGCUCGAGUUCCUGCCCGUCUCCACCUCCGCGAUCCUCAUCUCGACGCAGCUCGUCUUCACGGUGCUCUUCGCGUACCUCCUCGUGGGGCAGCGGCUGGCGCCGGCGGCCGUGAACGCCGUGGCGCUGCUGACGGUGGGCGCCGUCCUGCUGGGGCUGCACGCCUCCGGCGACCGCCCCGCGGGCGUCACGGGGCGCCGCUACUGGCUGGGCUUCGCGCUCACCCUCGCGGCCGCGGUGCUGUACGGGGUGUUCAUGCCGCUGGUCGAGCUCGCGUACCGGUGCGCCGCGCGCGGCGGGCGGGCCGGCCUGACGUACGCGGUGGCCAUGGAGCUGCAGUUGGUGAUCGGGAUCGUCGCCACCGCGUUCUGCACCGUCGGCAUGGUCGUCAACAGGGACUUCCAGCAUUCCAGCGCCAAGGGACCCCACUUCGGCCGCGUUCUCAGGAACCAGUCGCCGUCGUUUCCCUUCUUCGCGCGGCUCGGUAUGUCCUCCUUAAGUCCUUUCGGCUUGUCACUUUGUGAUGUGCAGCAUGCAAGUCCUGUGGCCGGGCUCUAA